GAAGCGAGUAAUUCCAGUCAGGUUCUAGGCCCUGAACGUUGGGGAGGAUUUCUAUGGAAGAGAUGUCAGGAGAGAGCGCGGUGAGCUCGGCCAUGCCGGCUGCUACGACCCGGACCACGUCGUUCAAGGGUUCCAGCCCGAGCUCCAAGUACGUGAAGCUGAACGUGGGCGGUGCGCUCUACUACACCACCAUGCAGACCCUCACCAAGCAGGACACCAUGCUCAAAGCCAUGUUCAGCGGACGCAUGGAGGUUCUCACCGACAGCGAAGGUUGGAUCCUGAUCGACCGCUGUGGGAAGCAUUUCGGCACCGUGCUGAACUACCUGCGUGACGGCGUGGUGCCUCUGCCCGAGAGCAGGAGAGAGACGGAGGAGCUGCUGGCUGAAGCCAAGUACUACCUGGUGCAGGGGCUGGUGGACGAGUGCCAGGCCGCCCUGCAGAAUAAAGACGCCUAUGAGCCCUUCUGUAAAGUUCCUCUAGUGACGUCAGCCAAGGAGGAGCAGAAACUCAUCUCCACGUCCAAUAAGCCCACCGUCAAACUGCUGUACAACAGGAGCAACAAUAAAUAUUCCUACACCAGUAACUCGGACGACAACAUGCUGAAGAACAUCGAGCUCUUCGAUAAGCUCUCUCUGCGCUUUAACGGCCGCGUGCUCUUCAUCAAGGACGUGAUCGGGGACGAGAUCUGCUGCUGGUCCUUCUACGGUCAGGGCAGGAAGAUUGCCGAGGUGUGCUGCACCUCCAUCGUCUACGCUACCGAGAAGAAGCAGACCAAGGUGGAGUUUCCCGAGGCGAGGAUCUACGAGGAGACUCUGAACAUCCUGCUGUACGAGUGUCAGGACGGGCGUGGACCCGACAACGCGCUGCUGGAGGCGACAGGGGGCGCUGCCGGACGCUCGCACCACUUGGACGAGGACGAAGAGCGCGACCGCGUCGAACGUGUGCGCAGGAUCCACAUCAAGCGACCCGACGACCGCACCCAUCACCACCAGUGACUUCUGAACCCUGUUUAACCUCCUACCCACCACCCCCGUGCCUUAAUGACUUAGUAGCGCCCCUCUACCAUCAGUCGCAGAUGAAUGUACCAGCCUGGCUUGGCAUACACACACACACACAUGCUGGAGAGUGAGAGAGGGGCGUGAGGGACUCGAACUCAUCCACUGCUCCGUUUCUUUAAAUACAGACCAAAGUGUUGAGAUCUGAUCCAGCUCGUUCUCUCUGUGUUCCGUCUCCAUGUCCUGCUGUGUUUAGUGAAGCCGAGUGUUUAAACGUAGUUACAGUGAGUAGUUAAGCAGUAACUACAGCAAAAUGCCACCAGAAGCUCCCUUGCAGCUGGGUUUCAUGAUGAGGGGGCUUUUACUGGACAGUGUUAGUGGUUAUGUCUCUUGUUUGUUAUGAAUUUGUUGAAGUAUUUACGAUGAGUUUGAUUCUCUGGACUGUAGAAUGGGGGUUGUGUUUUGUAUGAAGACAGAAGAAGGCAUUAGUGUGUUUCAGCCACCAGAGGGCGGCGCUGUGUUUGCUGAUCUGAGCACUACAGUAUAAUAAAUGAUGCUAGUAUUAGUGUUGUAUCAGGUAAGGAACACCAUGACUGACAGAGCGAUGGGCUGAAGAGUGCAGAUCUUAGAUCAGCUUGUGCCUGGAUAUUUGUGGGAAACAGAACAUGAGCACGCCAGCCGUACAGCGUAAAAGCCAGAAGGUGGAUUGAUGGGCACCGAACACAACACGUUGUGACGUACACACACAAUAAAGAUGCAUUAACAUCAGCAUGAACACAAGAGAAACUGAGUGUUUAGAAAUCUCCACUCUGGACGGUGUUCUUCAUAAAGCUUUUAUUUUACGUCAGACAAAAUUCACUGUUUAAAAACAUCCAUAUUUGUGCUGACAGGGUCGAGAACCAGCAACCUUCAGGUUCUGACAUUUCCACAGUUGGAGGAUUUCCUGGCUCAGAGGCUCUGAACUUAAUUUGCCAGUUAAAGCUGCAGUGUGAAACUUUUGCUGUCAAUAAAUUACAAAUGCUUCACUUCAGUCAGCAAACCAGAGACGAUCCGUUCACUCCAUUAUAUUCACUACAGCAUGACGGCUGAACUCUGAAACGUCUGAUACUGUUUCUUAUGUACAAUCUAUAUUCAUUUCAUGUUGUGUUAUUAGAUUUAUUAAAGGCAUAGUCAGUAAUCUGUAUACAGUACAGAGGUUUGUACAGUGCACUAAAUACAACUUAUAUUUAUACACACCUUAUUACCAAUAAAGAUUUCUACACGUUUACCAAAA